CGCGGCCGGUCGGCUGCAGCGGACUCGUUGGUGGGGUUAGACCCGCCUCCUCUGGCGGAAAGAUGGCGGCGGCCAGCGCUGUCGACUGAACUGUGGAAGUUCGCCCCAUGAGGAGCGAGUUGGAGCGGAAAGUAUCGAGUUUUAUCAUCACCGCCUCCAAAUGUUCCAUUGCUGGACAACAUGAUUUGCCCCGUGUCUUCCUCAGAGCUCAGUAUUCCUGGUAUGUUCCCUGUUGGAAGAAAUUAGGAUGGAACAUGACAACCCGACCAUCAGACCUCGUCGGAUCCAGAACCAGAACGUCAUUUACCGUUUAGAACGUCGAAGGAUCACCUCUGGCAAAAUUGGGACACACUGGCACCAGGUCCGCAUUUUUCACCAGAACAUUUUCCCCAAUUUUACCGUGGUCAACAUUGAGAAGCCGCCCUGCUUCUUGCGAAAGUUUUCCCCCGAUGGAAGGUACUUCAUUGCUUUCUCCUCAGAUCAGACGUCUUUGGAGAUUUAUGAAUAUCAGGGAUGUCAAGCGGCAGAGGAUCUCCUCCAGGGUUAUGACGGAGAGAUCUUGGCCAAUGGCAACGAUCAGAGGUCCAUCAACCUCCGCGGGCGGCUCUUUGAGCGGUUCUUUGUCCUUCUUCAUAUCACCAACGUGGCCUCCAAUGGGGAGCACUUGAACCGUGAAUGUAGCUUGUUUACAGACGAUUGUCGAUACGUCAUUGUUGGCUCUGCUGCCUACCUGCCCGAGGAGCCCCAUCCGCCAUUUUUCGAGGUUUACCGCAACAGUGAAUCGGUGACGCCUAACCCCAGGUCUCCUUUGGAAGACUAUUCUUUGCACAUUAUAGACCUUCACACUGGUCGGCUGUGUGACACCCGGACCUUCAAAUGCGACAAAGUCAUCUUAUCCCACAACCAAGGCCUCUACCUAUAUAAGAAUAUCUUGGCUAUUCUCUCCGUGCAGCAGCAAACGAUUCACGUCUUUCAGGUAACCGCCGAAGGUACCUUCAUUGAUGUACGAACUAUAGGGCGCUUUUGUUACGAGGAUGACCUUCUCAUGCUCUCGGCUGUCUACCCAGAGAUCCAGCGGGAUUCACAGACAGGGAUGGCCAAUCCCUACAAAGAGCCGUUCAUCAAUUCUCUGAAACACAGGCUGUUGGUCUAUUUGUGGCGAAGGGCAGAACAAGACGGACGCGCCAUGGCUAAGAGGAGGUUCUUUCAAUAUUUUGACCAGCUGAGACAGCUCCGCAUGUGGAAGAUGCAACUGUUGGAUGAGAAUCAUCUUUUCAUCAAAUACACAAGUGAGGACGUAGUCACACUGCGAGUGACGGAUCCUUCACAGCCUUCCUUUUUUGUGGUGUACAAUAUGGUGACUACCGAAGUGAUCGCUGUCUUUGAGAACACGUCCGAUGAGCUGCUGGAACUCUUUGAGAACUUCUGUGACCUCUUCCGUAACGCCACUCUCCACAGCGAGGCCGUUCAGUUCCCUUGCUCGGCCUCAAGCAACAAUUUUGCCAGGCAGAUCCAGCGCCGUUUCAAGGACACCAUUGUGAAUGCAAAGUACGGGGGACACACAGAGGCUGUGCGACGGCUCUUGGGUCAGCUUCCAAUCAGCGCACAAUCAUACAGUGGCAGCCCUUACCUUGACCUCUCUCUCUUCAGCUAUGAUGACAAAUGGGUUUCGGUCAUGGAACGUCCCAAAACAUGUGGUGACCACCCAAUCAGAGACCUGCCACUACAGAGCCUGCAACGAACUCGGAGCUAAGCCAUGAACAUUUGAGCAUACAAAACACCGAUGUUUUCCAGUUUGCACUUCACAAGUAAGGUUGAUUCCUUUAAGCUUCCAGGUCUCUGACUUAAGCCAAGCCCUGUAAUAGGGAGCAGGCUCAGUUGUUAAGUUUUAUUGUAUUUUUCCAUUCUCCUGUUUUUCAACCACAGUUUAAUCGGCAAACGCUAACAGGUGGCCCUAUGUGUAAUCCUCCGUGCAAUGCUUGACUGAUUGUGUUUGCAGGACACGGUUAACUACGGUUUACUGAACUAAUUCAAUUGCUCGGGUCUGUAGAACACCCUGAGUCACAAACUAGCCGGAUCCCAUUUUAGACUCGCACGUUGUGAGAAUAUGGCUACGAGGCUAGUUAGUUAGUUCAGGGAAAUGACACUGCUGUUCAGUGUGCCAGAAGAAAGAAUCAACAAGCCCUUAGACUGAAGAAACAGAAUCUGGAAGUUACAUUUGCAAGCUGGUGAAGAACGUACUGCUCAUCUUUAAGACUUAGCCCCAAUUUCUACUUUUUGUUUUCAUUUUUGGGGUAGGCACCGACACACUAUUCUGCUAAUUAUCAAUCGCUGGUGGAAAAAAGAAACUGGGAAACAUCCUUUCAUGUUCCUUAUGUAGAAUAUAGUGGAGGUAUCUGAGUUGGAUGGCGUGUGGGAAAGGGGGCAGCCUUUGAUCUCACCUAAUAGCUGAGCUAACCAGAGCUUAACCAAUUCACACGCCAGUCUAUCUUAGCCUUUCUUUGCUCAAAUGUGAAAGUAAGUUGUUGGAACUCUCCUUUGCCCUUCAUUAGCCACAUGUCCAGCGUUUAUUCUGCUUUGAAUGGUGUGUGUGUGUCUCUCUCUGUGUUGUUUAGACUGAUGGGAGUUUGUUUGCAAAUCCUUCUAAAGGUUAUGCUGAACUGCAGGAUUGAGCAAAGAAACAAACAUGUCGAGAUGUUCCCUUUCCGUGACCUAAUGGGCAACUGGCAAAAUAAAAAGCUACUGCUUCCAGGCUAGGUGAAUUUCAAGUGCAAAACCAACAUAGAUCCAGAAAAACACCGAGACCAGA